AUGGAAAAGAUUUUUAAAUUCCUUGGAUGCACAGAUUCUCAGGAGGUGAAUUAUGCUACAUACAUGUUUGAAAGUCCUACUAAAAUAUGGUGGAAAUCAGCAGAGAGACUUCUCUUAGAAGGAAGAGGUGAUAAUGCCCAAAUUAGUUGGGCAAAGUUUGUGAAGAAAUUUUAUGAGCAAUUUUUUAUAGAACGCUUCAGAGAUAAACAAGCUGAAAAUUUUGAUGAACUUGUCCAAGGGAGUAUGGGGGUUGCUCAAUAUGAAGCAAAGUUUACUAAGUUGUCUCGUUUUGCUCCUCAACUUGUUUCUACUGAAGCUUUAAGGGUUAAGAAGUUUUGCAAGGGGUUGAAUUUCAAAAUCAGACAAUGUUCGACUACUUCUCGAGUUGAGGACUACAAGAAUUUGGUUACACUUGCUGAAGCUAUAGAAGAAGACAUUCAUGAACGUAAUAAAAUGAAAGCAUUAAUGGAACAAGAUAAAGGCAAGACAAUGAAGUUUAACUAG